AUGGCAAAAGUUUACAAGGUUAUCAAUGACCCUUUACAACCUGCAACGGAAGCUUCUGAUACGUCGUGUUUACCAGUAGAUUGGAACAAGUGUAUUUUGUGUCAGACAGACACAUCCGAAAUCCUGUCUUGUCCGGCUGAUUCUAAGCGUAUCAUGAAAGGAGCAGGUUAUAAGACUGUGGCAGAAAAUCUUCAAGCUUUUGAGAAAAUUGGUUCUUUGCCUAAAACUAUAAAUCUGUGCCGAUUAAAUGAAGGAGAAGGAAUCGAAGCGAGUUUCCAGAAACAUAAAGCCAAAUGGCAUGACUCGUGUAGACUGAAGUUCAACAAGACAAAACUCCAACGGGCAGAAAAGAGAAAAGCAGCUCCAGAUGAUAGUUCAAGUUCAAAAAGCCCAAGAAAAUACACGCGUAGAAGCCUUGAAAAGUUACCAAACCCUAUUCAUCAAUGCUUCUUCUGUGGUAAGCAAGCUGAAGGUGAAGACUCCUUGCACAGAGCAUCGACACUUGAGCUUGAUGCCCGAGUUCGUCACUGCACUUUACAGUUACAGGACAAACCUCUAUUAGCCAAACUGAGUGCUGGAGACAUGGUAGCUCAAGAUGCUGAAUAUCAUGUCAAAUGCCUUGUUUCCCUUUAUAACAGAGCACGAGGAACCGAAACAUAUAGUGCAGAAAGUGAUGCGGAUGCCGUUAAUCACGGCAUUGCUUUUGCUGAACUUGUUUCUUGUAUAGAAGAUGCAAGAAUGGACAAUCUGGUAGCCCCAAUUUUCAAAUUGUCUGACCUAGUCAGUCUAUACGGUAACAGGCUUAAACAACUUGGAACAGAAGUAGCGGGACGCAUCCACUCAACUAAACUCAAGAUUAGAGUGUUGAGCUACUUUUCAGACAUGGAAGCUCAUACCCAAGGCCGUGAAGUUAUUCUGGCUUUCAACGGGGAUGUUGGUGCCGCACUGAGAAAAGCAUGUGAACAUGACGCUGAUGGGGAUGCUGUUCAUCUUGCUAGGGCUGCCACUAUAGUGAGAAGAGAUAUGUUCAGUAAGAAAGUGGAAUUCAAUGGCUCAUUCUCCACUACUUGCCAGGAACAGUCUGUGCCUAAUUCACUGCUAGCAUUGGUUACUAUGGUACUUAAUGGACCAAAUAUCAAAUCACGUUCCUCCAAUGUGUCUCAGGCUGCCCUUUCUCUGUCUCAGCUUCUUCUAUACAACAGCGUGAAGCGCUACAAGGAAAAUGAUACAGAUAUUGUCCGACACAGCCAACAACGAGAAGCACCUCUACCAGUCUAUUUAAGUGUGAUGCUUCAUACAAAGACCAGGAAACGUGAACUUCUGGACGCUCUUUUUAAUCUUGGCUUGUGUAUAUCGUAUGACCGUGUAUUAAAAAUCUCCACUGAGUUGGGAAACAACAUUUGUUACUACUAUCAGCAGAAAAAGGUUGUUUGUCCCCCUCGACUGAAAGGUGGUAUUUUCACCACCGCUGCAGUAGACAACAUUGACCACAAUCCCAGCUCAACUAGCUCUCACGGCUCAUUUCAUGGAACUGGGAUAUCCCUCUUUCAGCACCCCACUGAGAAAAACAAUGACGAAAACAGUGGAGUUCAGCUGCCUGCUGACGCAAUUCAGGACAAUAUACGUGCACAAAAGAAGGCAUUAAUGCUACCAGAGUUUUACACAACGGUGCCUCUUGUCGCUUUGCGUAGGGACGACCCACCCAUCCCACAGCUUCAAGGGCCCAACAAAGGAGAGUGCCAGCGCAUUCCUGAAGAAACAGUGAAGGAAUACCGGUACAGUUGGCAAAAAUCUUUUUUUUUGACAUUGCUUUCCUAGGUGACUGUAACUGCAGUAUUAAUAACUACAAAACUGAUAUUUUAUUUGUACAAUUUACAGGUGGUUGCAAGAGGUAAAUCGAGUAGUAACUAAUGAGACCGUAAAAGAUGCUGAUGCCGUUUCCUGGUCUGCAUACCAUGCAAGUCUGCAACCUUCUAGUAAAUCAUCCGAAUGCUGCGUCACAGCAACCUCUCUACUGCCUCUUUUUCAUGAUCAAGCCCACUCCGUAGCCAUGAUCCGCCACUCAAUGGACAUUGUUAGCAAAGCAGUGCAGAGUUUAAAUCCUGGUCAGGUGCCCAUUAUCACUGCAGAUCAACCUCUAUACACAAUUGCAAAGCAAAUCCAGUGGAACUGGCCAGGAACCCAUGGUGAGGAUAAGUUUGUGGUGAUGUUUGGGGGACUGCACAUUGAAAUGGCAGCUCUGAAGGCCAUAGGAAAUCUCUUAGACGGCAGUGGAUGGGGAAGUGCUCUAGUACAAGCCGGUGUUGCUACGCCUGGGACGGCUGAUUCAUUUUGUCGCGUUACUCAUGUGACACGCACUAGAAGAGCCCAUCAGAUCACGGCUGGCAGUCUGUUUGUACUUCUUGAAAAGGCUUAUUCUCAGUAUCUUGUCAGUCUGAACGACGACCAGAAUCCGCUGUCGUUAGAAGAGUGGUGUUCGCACAGUGCAGAGCUUUAUCCACAGUUCAAGUUCUGGUUGCUUAUCCUGCAGAUGCAAUUGGCCGUAUUGAUCUACAUUAGAGCUAUUAGAGAAGCUGACUUCGAGCUGUACGUUGACGCACUCACGCAAAUUGUUCCAUGGUUCUUUGCUCUAGACCAAAUUCACUACGCUAGAUGGAUCCCUGUUCAUUUACGGGACAUGGUUACACUGAAAGACGUUCAUCCAACUGUUUUUGCUGAGUUCACGAAAGGAAAUUUUGUUGUAAAGAAGACAGAACGCAGAUUCUCGGCCAUAGCAGUUGAUCAAGCGCAUGAACAGAACAAUGCUUCUGUGAAAGAUGACGGAGGAGCUGUUGGCUUAACGGAAAAUCCGGCUCCAUUGCGGCGGUGGAUGGUAUCUGGACCAGAGAUGGCCAGAGUUAUUGAAGAGUUUGAAGCAUCAACAGAGAAGAGAAAAUGUUUAGAUUUCCGUCGUCAUGAGGAGGCCAAACACGUGCAGAAAAAAUUUACACAAAAUGUUGAAGAUCUCGCCAAAGCCAUCGAAGAAAUGGGAAAUCCAUCCACCGAGAACAGCAACGAUCUUCUUGUUCUGGACAGUAGGGACCUUGCAGAUCCAGCCAUUAUUGAUUCUGUUCGUAAAAUUGAGAAAUUGGGACAAGAGCAGUAUGACAUCUAUGUAGGAGAGAGGCUAGUCAAUCAAACAAAGUCCGUCUGGGAGCCUAUCAAGAAGAACAAUUUGGCACUAUUAAGCCGACCUCCAAUCCGAGAAAAGACAAAGUCGCAGCUACAGCUUGCUUCCCUGAAAAAUGACUCCUCCCUCUUUUCACGUCUUUACGUUGCAUCACAGGUCCGCAAUGGGAAUGUUGAUUAA